UCUCCGCUCCGCUUAUUCUGUCACAGAAGGGAUGACUUCACUUGAUCAUGCAAGAGAGGAUUAGUCCGGGAACAAAGCCGUCUCGUUCUUUUUCCCCCCGCUAGCACUCUUUAUAUCUCUUUCCCUCGCUCUUUCCCCCCUCCCUCUCUCCGUCUGUGUUGCGUGGGGCAGCUGGCCCUUGCGUUGCUGUUGACAGCAUUGAGUUUCUGUUCUGGCCCUGGCAGCGGACGGGGCUCCAUGGACGAUCCCGCCAUUCGCAGGGUCUCUCAGGGCACCUGUCCUGCCAGCGCCCAGGACUCUUUCCUGCUGCAGACUUUCGGCCAACUUAAACUGUCCAUCACACCUGAGAAUGAACUCCUCAUCAUGCACAUCAUGGAGGCCAGGGGACUUAUGGGAAAGCAGUACAGAACGUGUGACUCCUACGUCAAGAUGGUUAUCAUCCCAGACAGCGAGAACAAGAACCGUCAGAAAACGAAGACCGUUCCAGACUGCAAGAGUCCAGUCUUCCAUGAAACAUUUGUGUUUGCUGUUGGUACUGACGACCAUCAGAAGAGACUGCUGGUCACUGUGUGGAAUCGCAGCCGAACGUCAAGACAGAGUGAGUUUCUGGGCUGCAUGAGUUUUGGGGUGCGCUCUCUCAUCACUGCAGCAAAGGAAGUGACCGGCUGGUAUUACCUCCUGGGGGAAGACCUUGGCCGAACCAAGCACCUGAAAGUGGCCUCACGGCGCCUGAAACCCACCUCUGAAGCCGCUCUGUCGAGCCAUGGUGCCGCGCCGAAGGCCGCCAGCCCCGAGAACAUGCAGUGCUUAACGGUGACCAUCCUCCGAGGAAAGGAUGGCUACGGCUUCACCAUUUGCUCCGACUCCCCCGUGAGGGUCCAGGCCGUCGACCCGGGUGGGCCGGCUGACCGGGCGGGGCUGCAGCAGUUGGACACGGUCCUGCAGCUGAACGGCCAGCCCGUGGAGCAGUGGAAAUGCGUCGACCUCGCUCACGCCAUCAGAAACUGCCACAGUGAGAUCACGGUGGUGGUGUGGCGCACGGUGCCCAUGGUGAAGCCUGGUUUCGAAGGCCUGAUCCACAGGCCGAGUUACAAACCCACCGGCCACACGCUGCCCUCGCCCCCCUGUAAGAAGAGGGAGAAGACCCCCCCGGGGCCCAGGCAGAGCCGCCGGCUGCUGGUGAACGGCACGGAUGGGGGUGGCGGCGGAGGCGGCGGCGGUGGCGCUGGCGACGGAGGGCGGGGACCACUGGGGAGCGAUCUGAGGGACGAGAGCAACUGCAAGGCCAGGACGCAGACGCUCCGGGGCACGCGAGUGACCUCAUCAUCAGGGGACAACUACAUAAUCCUCGCCCCCAUCAACCCUGGCAGCCAGAUACUGCGGCCCGUUUACCAGGACAACCACGCUACUUUGGGGAGGCUCUACCACCCCCGCCCGCUCAGCGAGAUCCACACGGACAGCGCGCCCCAGAAAGGGAGCGGAAGCCAGGGCAGAACCACCUUCCUGCGGCGGUCCAGCACCGCCAAGACCCCCAAAGAGGCGCCCCCUGCUGGCUACCAGCAGAACUUCGCCAAUUACCAGAACUGCACUGUGGUCCACUCCCACCUCCCCCACUCUACCUACGGCACCUACGUUCAGCUGGCACCCAAAAUCCUUAUAUUCCCUAUUUAUGUACAGCCGCUGGACCUGUGCAGCCCGUCGCGAACGCUGGUGCUGUCGGAGGAGAUGGUUCUGCAUGAGAGCAGGCACCUGUCUGUCAAGGUGACGGUCUUCAUCUACACCGACCUGCUGCUGCUGACCCGUGAAGACGAGCCAGGCCGCUGCAAUGUGCUGCAGAACCCCCUGUACCUGCACAAACUCCGCCUGCAGGACGAUCCCACAGAAGAACUGAGGUUCAACAUCGUCCACAUGACCGAGGCCAGCGACUGUGUCCUCAGUUUGGAGACGUAUUCCUUGGAUCAGAGGAGGAGAGUGUGCCAAUGUUUGAGUGAUAACAUCGAGAAGAGACAACAAGAGCAAGAAUCACCUGCCGCCACUGAGCAGAUGCUGGAACCCAAGGCACAUGGGCCGGGCGAGACCGGUCCGCAGGGCCCGGGGUGUCCCGGGGCGGGGCAAGAGGAGGACGACCCUUUCCCCAGCAGCCCCUGCGAAGCCCCAGCCGCGGCCACCCCGCCACCCGAUGACCCGCCUCCCCUGGAGGAGGAGGCGCAGCCCCCAGUGACAGACGUGGAGAACGCCCCUCCCACGCCCCUUCCAGAGCAUGCCCCUCCCGCACCUGCGCCGUCCAAUGAGGAAGAGGAUCGCAACGAGGCCGGGGCUGGGGACGGAGACACCCGCGAGGAGAAAGAGGGCGGGGAGGAGCACGAGGGGGAACCUGCCGUCCUCCCUUCCUCAUCCUCGUCCUUCAUCAUCCCCGAGCUACGACUGGACCGGUCCUUCAGCGCGGACACCCUCUCGCAGGCCACCGACGAGGACGAAGAGGACGAGGACGAUGACGAGGAGGAGGAGGAGGAGGAGGAGGAGGACAGCGACGAGCACUGCCUGGAGGGCGGCGGCCGGGCGGAGGCCACGCCCUGCGAGAGGCACGGGGGCGGGCUGAGCGUGCAGAACUCGCUGCGCAGGCGAACGCACAGCGAGGGCAGCCUGCUGCAGGAGCCCCGCCCGGCCUGCUUCACCUCCGACAACGCCAUCAACUGCCUGGACUCGGCCACGCCCCACAAGGGCGGCUGGACCCUGCCCUCCCCGAAGACCCUGAAGAAGGAGCUCACCAAGAACGGCGGCUCCAUGCACCAGAUCUGCAUGCUGUUCUCGGGGCGGAAGCUCAGCGGUGGAUCGGAGUGCAGUUGUGAAGUGGGGCCUGAUGGCUCUAAGAAGAGAAACCCAAAGAGCCUGGCCAAAGACAUGAAGAACCGGCUGACUUUCCUCCGGAGGAAAAGCGAGGCUCCCGCGGGCGCCCCGGCUGGCAAGCUGGACAAAGCCAUGAAGUCUGUCAAGCCCAGCCCGGAGGAGGCGCUCAAGUGGGGGGAGUCCCUGGACAAGCUGCUGGUCCACAAAUACGGGCUGGCCGCCUUCCGAGCGUUCCUGCGCACGGAAUUCAGCGAGGAGAACCUGGAGUUUUGGCUGGCGUGCGAGGACUUCAAGAAGAUCAAGUCGCAGUCCAAGAUGGCCUCCAAGGCGAAGAAGAUCUUCUCGGAAUACAUCGCCAUCCAGUCCUGCAAGGAGGUGAACCUGGACUCGCACACACGGGAGCACACCAAGGACAGCCUGCAGAACGUGUCGCGCUCCUGCUUCGACCUCGCCCAGCGGCGGAUAUACGGACUAAUGGAGAAGGACUCGUACCCGCGCUUCCUGCGCUCUGAGCUCUACAUGGACCUGGUCAACCAGAAGAAGCCCCAGUCCACAGCCGCGUCGGCCUCGUAGAGCCACCUCACAGAGACAGAGACAGGGAGGGAGGGAGGGAGCGAGGGAGGGGGAAGACUCAUUAAAACUGUGGUUUGGGCCCAGGGAGGUGAUUCACUCAGUUUCUUUUCAAUGCUGUCAUGUGGCUGGUGGCGGAGGAGGGGAUGUCGGGAUGAUUACAAGGAGCAGAACGGAGGCUCUCCAUCUCCAUCUGAAGCCACCGCACUGGGGGGCGAGGGGGGGCAGAGCCGAGAUCGGGAGUGGAGGCGGAGUCUUGUUUAAUCAGCAUCAUUAUUGUUGAAUUCAUCCAGGCACACUGGAAGGGGGAAGUUGCAGAAUGUCCACCUCUGCUUCACGUCCAUCCCAAACCUCACGCCCAAUUCGCUUUCAGACAUUUUCCAUUGCUAUACAGAAGGCUAAGGUACGACAUUUUCAUGUCACUGUCCUUUUCACAACUGAAACCGUGACAAGAAAUGAGGAUUCCGCCAAGAUUCCGCCAGACCUUUUGGCAGAAGGAAGCUUGACACCCCCCACCCCACCGCCUCUGUUGCUGUUCCCCCACGUCCUGUGUGAAGUUCGCCUGUCCCCCUCUCUCCGGCCCUCCGAACAAGCAAACGAGGCACCGCGAACCCUCCCCCACCCGUUCGCCGCAAUUCUCUGCUGCUUCUGAUGCAUUCUUCUCAGGAACGCAACAGGAACAAAGGUUCGCCGAGAGACGCAGAAGGAAAAGAUGAAGGGUGGGGGGGGGAAUCGCCAAACCUCACUGCAGAAAAUACACCCGCCCCUCCUGCCCCCUCCCAUCCGCUUUUCCAUCCCCUGCGCCGGGGGAGGAGGGAUUCGGGCAGGACCUCUCGCCUCUCUCCAAAGACUGUAAAAUGCCUGAGAUGUCCCAGCAAGCCGAUUGAAGAUUGAUGGUAGUUAGAGCUGGACCGGACGAGGCAGUGACCUCGGGACAUUCAGGCAUUCCACUAAAAAAGCUUCCAGGCUGGACUUAUCUGAAUUUCACUUUUUAAAUACAUUUUUUUUUGUUUAUUGUUUUCUUUUUAAAUGCUGUUGAUAAGAAACUGCACUCCAUAGACAUGCAGUGGUACACUGUUAGGCGUUAACCCUUACUUAGACAAAGAAUUAACUGCUUCGCCUGGACAAAGGGUAGCCUAUUUAGAACCUUAUUGCUGGACGCUUCAGUCAUUAAACGCUGACAGCCCAUCCUCCUCUUCCUUGGCCAUGUAACAGGUCCACUGUUAAAAGCUGUCCUUAUUUAAAGUGCAAUAUUUUUAUGGUAAGAUUCAUUUUUGUUCUUUCAGCUAGACAAUGAAUUGAGCUCUGUAUUAUUUUAUUUGUAAUUAUUGUACAAAUUCUGCUGGAAGGUGUCAUUUCCUGUUGAAAUGCAACGCAAAAUGAACACAAAGGUGUAUGGAGGAAGGAUAAUGGCUGUAAUUAAGUUUUUUUUUUCCCCUCAGCAGCAGGCCGCUGGGGGUUUCAAGGAUGUAAAUAUAAUUCUUAAGUAAACUUUUUAAAAAGGACAAAAAGAAAAUGCAAGUGGUGUAAUUAAUGUGACACGGAAACACGGCUGUAUCUAUGUAAAUAUUAGAAGCUCAAAGCUAUAAGAUGUACAACAUGUAUUGUUUUAAGAGUGGCAGGCAGGUGACAGUCAUACACUGCUUGUAUGGAGUUUUAUUCAAUGCAUUUUUUUUUCCAUUUUCACUGUUUACAAUUCAAGGCAUCUCCUAAGACAGCAAGAAAUACAAAAUUUUAAAGAAACACUUGGUGUCCUUUCAAAAGAUGAAUAAAACAUCCAACUAGGAAUAACAAAAAA